GUAGUUGAAGAAGAUAAGACAACUAGAAUCUUUCCCACUUUAGUUAAUCCUAUCCUCCUCUCCGAUGAAUCUCAUCUCUACCAACGCACCUGCCGCGACGAAAGGAGCUGCUCCCGCAAGCAGAUUUACUCUGCUGUUUCAACUUCCGUAAUGAGAUGCCAAUGGCCUCCAUACUCUGCCUACCCACCCAUCACGGCGGUCUAAAGAAUAAGCUAGACGACUAUCUCUGCCGCACCCCCAUCACUCCAAGCUCUCAUCUGGGUCGUUUAAGUUCAUCGAGUUUGUCAACUGAUGCUCGCAAAUUUGCCUGCAGGAGUCGUAGAAGGCAAUUGGGAUUGUGCAGAAAAGUUCAUUUUAGAGGUUUGUUAUCGAAAUGUAAAGCGACAGAGUUUGAUUCGAGGCCCCAAGAGACUGGAGAAGAGGAUGUUGCCAUGGGGACUCUGAUUUGGAGGGCAAUUAAGUUACCAAUUUACUCUGUUGCUUUGGUUCCUUUAAUGGUAGGCAGUGCAGCUGCUUAUUUUCAGUCUGGGAACUUUUCCACUCGGCUUUUUGUUGUAAUCCUGGCUUCCUCUGUUCUUAUCAUCAGUUGGCUUAAUUUAAGCAAUGAUGCUUAUGACUUCAGUACAGGAGCUGAUAAGAACAAAAAGGAGUCAGUUGUAAAACUUGUUGGCAGCCCCACAGGAACACUUGUUGCUGCCUACACUUUUCUUGCUCUUGGCUUCCUGGGGUUGACAUGGGCAUCUUUGGAGGCCGGGAACCUGCGUUCAAUAUUAUUUCUAGCCUUUUCAAUUGUUUGUGGCUACAUAUAUCAGUGUCCACCGUUCCGGUUAAGCUACCAAGGAUUGGGGGAGCCCUUGUGCUUUGCCGCCUUUGGCCCAUUUGCUACAACAGCGUUUUACUUAUUACAGAGUAACGCCAGGGAGAUGAGAUAUCUUCCCAUAUCCAAUACAAUUCUUUCUGCUUCUAUCCUCGUGGGAAUGACAACAACUCUAAUUCUCUUCUGCAGCCAUUUUCAUCAGGUUGAGGGAGACGGAGCUGUAGGAAAAAUGUCUCCUUUGGUAAGGCUUGGCACAGAAAGAGGUUCCAAGGUGGUGAAGGUUGCAGUAAUUAUGCUCUAUGUGCUUCUGUUUGCUUUAGGUUUAAGCAAGAGUCUUCCAUUUACUUGCAUUUUCUUUUGUGGUCUUACUAUUCCAGUGGGCAAGCUGGUAGUUAGCUUUGUUGAAGAAAACCACAAGGAUAAACAGAAAAUUUUCAUGGCCAAGUAUUUCUGCGUGAGGUUACAUGCCAUAUUUGGAGUUGCAUUGGCUGCUGGAUUGGUUGUAGCUAGAUUGAUCUCUAUUACUUCGUUUUAAGCUUGCGUUCAGUCGUAACUAACAAUGUCUUGAGCUACUUUCGAGAUCGUCACAGUGUCUUCUUAUUUGCACGGCAUAUCACAUUCCGAGGGACGCCCCAGAACAGCUCGUGUUAGUGAUCUUAUUGCUGCUUGUCGAAUCUGAUCCAUUGAAGGUUGAGCUUUUGAUGAAAGAAUGAUGCGAAUAUACGAUCAAGAACUGCUCGUGCUAGAGCACAGGGGCACAUUUCUUGGCUUGCAAAGCUCUUCAGAAGGGGGUCUAUUUAGAGUAAGCUGAGAGCUUUUCUGAUUUUAUAUAUAUAACAUGUAGUUUUUACUUGUAAGCAACAAUAAUUAAAAGAAAAGUUAGCUUUAUUCAAUAUUGUGAAAUCACCGGUUAAAAUAAUGUUGGGAAACAUCUCACACGCUACUCUACCAUAGAAAUAAUAGAAAAUACUUUGAGAAA